CAGCUUCUGUGUAAAGAGGAAGAGGAGCUGACACACACGUGACGCUUUCUUCACAAAAACCAAGCAGGAAACCAGACACACACACACAGAGGUGCGACACACACAGACACACACACACAGCAGCAGCAGCAGCAGACGAUGAGUCCGACCGACAGAGGCAUGAUGCUGGGCAGCCUGCUGCUCAUCUCCCUGUGUGUCGGGGCGGCAGCCAUGUUUGACAGCCGGCUGGACGUCCACUGGGAGCUGUGGAAGAAGACGCACGAGAAGACGUACCAAAAUGAGGUGGAGGAUGUGCACCGCAGGGAAUUGUGGGAGAAGAACCUCCUGCUCAUUACCAUGCACAACCUGGAGGCCUCGAUGGGGCUUCACACCUACGAACUGGGCAUGAAUCACAUGGGAGACUUGACUCCAGAGGAGAUCAGGCAGUUUUAUGCCACGCUCAGUCCUCCCACUGACAUCCAGAGGGCACCAUCUGCCUUCACAGGGGCGUCAGGCGCUGAUGUUCCAGACACGGUGGACUGGAGAGAGAAGGGCUACGUCACCAGCGUCAAGAAGCAGGGCUCGUGUGGCUCCUGCUGGGCCUUCAGUGCUGCCGGGGCCCUGGAGGGCCAGUUAGCCAAGACAACAGGGAAGCUGGUGGACCUGAGCCCCCAGAACCUGGUGGACUGUUCAGGCAAAUACGGAAACCACGGCUGCAACGGUGGCUACAUGCACAAAGCCUUCCAGUACGUCAUCGACAACCAGGGCAUCGACUCCGACUCUUCAUACCCGUACACAGGCAUACAGUCACAGCAGUGCCGCUACAACCCCACGUACCGCGCCGCCAACUGCUCCCAGUACAGCUUCCUGCCUGACCAGACUGAGGGGACUCUGAAGGAGGGGGUCGCCACCAUCGGACCCAUUUCAGUGGCGAUUGACGCCACACGGCCCAGAUUUGCUUUCUUCAGAAGUGGAGUGUACGAUGACCCGAGCUGCACACAGAAUGUGAACCAUGGGGUGUUAGUUGUUGGCUACGGCACGCUGGACGGAGCCGACUACUGGCUGGUGAAGAACAGCUGGGGCGUCAACUUCGGAGACCAGGGCUACAUCCGGAUGGCUCGCAACAAGAACAACCAGUGUGGCAUCGCUCUGUACGGCUGCUACCCCAUCAUGUAGCUGCAGCUGGACUCAGUCUGCUCCUGAAGUUCCCUUCUCUUUGUGUAUACGGUGUUUUUACACUUUAAUUUCUCAUCGAUCAUGAAACUUUAUAUUUCUACAGUGUUUUUAAAAAUCUUGUUUUAAUGUCACUUUAUUCACCUUCACUGAACUCGUCUGGACUGUGUGUGUGUUUGUGUCUGACUGAAUGUGUAUGUGUGUGUUGGAGUGUGUAAUAAAGAGAAAGAUGUAAUCUGUAAUCUGUAAUCUGUAAUCUGUAAUCUGUAAUCUGGGCCUGUCAGUAAAUAUCAGAUAUAUGUUUUGAUGCCAUGAAGCAACACUUUGUCACUGUGUUAAAUGGAAACAGCCUGAGAGGAUCUGUUGACUCUUUAGGGAAACUGGCUUGUUGGUCAAUUUAGCUUUUACAUGUUCGGACAGCAGGAACGCCAAAAUCAAUACACGUGUCUCUGGUUAAUAUCUCUGUCCUGUGCUCAUGCUGAUGUGAUAGCAUAUCAUGUACUCGCUGCCUGCAGGCCACAUGAACAUCGUCUGAGCUAGAAGAAAAGGGUGAAGGGUAUUUUUUUUAUUUUCUACACAUCAAACAUCAACAGACUUUUUACAAAAAGUCCAAAGAUUCAUUUUAAAUAAAUGGUUUAAGACAUUGA